AUGGGAAACCACAUUGGUUUAACAAUCACGCGAGACAUUGAAGUGGAAGCAGCAAUAGACUUCAAGAAAGUAAGAAUGGGGUGGAGGCCUAUCAGAGUUUGGGUAUGCUCUAACAAUCCAGAGGAGAAUCGCCGCAUUAAGAGAAAAAUCCACCGCAUCGCCUUCAGGUGCAAUGAAUUUUCGGUAGCCAUCGAUUUUGUGGUAAGCCAUCCCACUUUUACAGUCUAUGUGGAUUUCUUUGCUGCAAAGAAAUCAGUUGCUCACUCACUUCAAGAAGCCAACCAGAAGAGGGCCGACAUCUCUGUCUGCCUCCAAUCGACAGCUUAG